CAGGCGGCAGCACAGUGAGCGGUGCCGGGGUGAGGUGAGGGAGGAGCAAGUUACUGUUCUUCGGGAUGUGUCCUCACCUGCUGUGACCUGGAGUUAGCGUGUUAAUGUGAGGCGGGCACAAUGGGUACAACCCAGAGCACCAGGAAAAUCACAUUGGUCAAUGAUGACAAGGCCGGUGUCAUCAAGUUGUCGGAGUCAUUAGCGUACCGACUUCGAGGUCAAAUAGAAGGUCAGCAAACUGCAGCAGAGGUUCCUGGCCCAGCAGCAGCCGCAGAACCACCCCGAGCCCCAGUGGCCCCUGCCCCUGAGCCCCCACCACUUAUAACUCCCAUUCCUCAUAUUCCAGAGACUCCUAAAGUCACAUAUCUUGCUCCAGUUCCAGAAACUGUAGCUCCCACACCUAUAGAUUCUGAACCUGUGGCUCCUGAGCCAAUUGCUCAGAAGCCCCUGAUUCCUGAAUCUUCAAUCCUUGAGCCAGCAGCCCCAGACCCUGUGGUAUCUGAGCCUGCGGCCCCAGAGUCUUUGGUUCCUGAGCCAGCAGCCACGGCUCCAGCAGUAGCUGAGGCCACAUCAGAAGCAACAGUUCCUCCAUCAGCUGAAACCAUCACAGUUUCCCCAUCAUUGUCUCUACCAAUUGAAGUAAAUGAAGUCCCAAGAAAGGAACUACCUGAAACUGCCUCCCCUCCUGCAGCAGCUACAGUAUCCCCUCCAGAUCUUGAGGUGGCAGUCAAAGCUGGGCCACCACCUACACUUUCUCAGCCAGCAGGAAACAUACCACCUUGGUCAAUAUAUGCAGAGGAAGCCCACUUAAUGGUCAUGCGUUUACGAGAAGAGAAAGAACAAGAGAUACAAAAACUCAACCUUAAUUGGCGAGAUAAAAUGGACGCCAGAGAAAAGGAAUUCACUAAGAUGGCCCAUCUGUCAGAAGAGGAAGCCACUGCUGCUCUUAAAGAUGUUGAAAAGUUGUUUUUGAAAGCAAGUUGUUCCCCUAUCUGCCAAAAUCAUCAAGAGGCUGUUAUGAACUGUUAUCAAGACCACCCACGGCAGUCCCUUCGAUGUGCAAAAGAGGUGGAGAAUUUCACUCAGUGUGUGGAUUUAUCACGAUUGCAAUCUGUAAUAAAGCAGAGAGCAAACUAGUUGUGUAAGGAAUAAAUAGGACAUGAAUUGAUAAUUGCCUUAGUUCGAUUUGUAUGCUGGAGUACCGCUAUUGUUCUCCAGAUGCCCACGUCAGUGUACAGUUUCAUGGGAGUUAUGCAUGGUUCAUGAGUAUUUAAAUAAAAUUCUUGUACAUUACUUCAAAUCUUUUAUUAAUAAAUAUUUACACAGU